AUGGCUAUGGUCUCUAAGGAGCUUCUGUUUAUUAUGAACCAUCUCUGCCUCAGCUUUAGCUGUGACUCCAGCAGGGAGAGGCUCACAAUGAAAGUGAAGAGCUUGCAUGAAGUUACCGGAGGGAUACUUACUACUUCUGGGAUUAUAACGUCUCUUCUCCUUGGCCCAUACUGCUACUGCUCACUUGCUGGGAUUGCUGGGACCAAGUACCUGGGUUACGCAGUCCUGUUCCCCUUUCCCUAUGUUGACUUCCCAAACCUCUGCAAAGACCCAUCGCGUUAUGAGUGGUCCCACCUCACCCUGCAAAUACUGGACCUGUUUUUGAAUUUGGCCAAAGCAGAACCUGAAGAUUUGCCUUUCUGCUCUUCCUUACGACUGCGAACACUGCACUGCCGUCAACACACGGAGCUGUUAAAACCCGCGCAGGCUUAG